AUGGCAAAGCGACGUGCAACUCAAUCUGACAGAAGUUCUCAGAAGAAGAAGCGAGGUGAAGUUGAAGAUGCUCCCACUGCGCAGCUGACACAUGACCGAUGUGCACGCGUUGAAGAUGUUGAAGAUGAAGGUGAGGUGCUGAAUACACGAGUAGGAUUAGAAGACGAGAUUAUUGACAUUGAUGCGCCGAGCGGCUCGAGCUCGAGGUCCACAGCGAAGACACCUGAGGAACAGCUGUGUGAGGCCCAGGAGGAUUGGACCUCCCCUGCAUAUGCAUUCUAUAAGCCGGAUGUGACAAUUCAGGUGGAUGAAAAGAUGCACGCGCAUGCAUAUAUUUUCCAUUGUGUGAACCGCGGCUGUAAGAUGAAGAUCGCACGGUGGACGGACAAGGGGGAUAAGUCGUCAAUGGGUAACCUCCGGAAACAUAUCCGGAAAUGCUGGGGGGAAGAGGCAUUGGCCGCGGCAGACAUGAUGAAGACCGCAGAUGAUGCACGGCCAGCUGUGGAGAAGUUCGCACGGUCAGGCUCUAUAACGGCAUCAUUUGAGCGUAAAGGAAAGGGCAAGAUAACUUACAGUGUUCGACAACACACCCGCACAGAGUCUCGUGCAGAGAUCGUGCGUUGGGUGUCUGAGAGCCUGCGCCCCUUCGCAAUUGUUGAGGACCAUGGAUUCCAGAACUUGAUGAAGACCGGGCGGCCGGAAUACUGGAUACCUUCGAGGUGGACAGUGGCUCAGGAUGUCCAUAAAGUCUUCGUGCGGUGUCGCACGCGGGUGGCAAGGAUGCUGCAGGAGUUUGAUGGUGAGCUGAACUUCGCUACAGAUGCCUGGAUGUCGCCCAACAACAAGGCAUUGGUGGCAUUCACAGUCCACCUUCAUCACCAAGGUGUUCUGCUCCGAAUGAUGCUCGAUGUCAUUGAGAUUGCCGAUUCGCACAAUGGCGUGAAUUUGGCUGCAGUGUUUGCGAAAAUGGUCGAUGAUUUCAACAUUGCUAUUAAGCUCCUCGGGGUCACUGCAGACAAUGCGUCGUCAAAUGACACCAUGAUUGACGAGUUGGCAGAAUUGCUUGAGGGCUUCCAGGGGCAGGCCAACCGAUCGCGGUGUUUUGACCACGUUGUGAACCUUGUGGCAAAGUCCCUCUUGCGUCAGUUUGACCUGCCGAAGGGCAAAGCUGACGACGUGCUUGAUGACGCAGAGCGUGCACUGCUUGAGCUUGCAAAGGACCUGAAUAUGGAUGUGCCGAAGGGUGAUGACGAAGAAGAGGACCGCGCAGACAACAUUGAAGGGCUGGAGGACGAACGUGAUGGCCUGUCGCCCGAGGAAAUCCAGGAGCUCGAGGAGAGCGUGCAACCUGUCAAACUCGUGCUUGUGAAGACUGGGAUACAGCUGCAAAAGAUCGCGUGCACGAUCAUUUGCUCUUCGACCAAGCUACUCCCCAUCUGGUUGAAGAUCGUCGCCACGUUCAAGAUGGCAGAAAACAAAAUGCCACGCGACGUCGCAACGAGAUGGAACUCAACUUUCAAGAUGCUUGUGUUUGCGCUCGAGUACCGGAAGCCAAUAGAUUCAAUAUGUGAGGAUAGGUCGACAGAGCUGCAUAAGUUUGAGAUGAGCAACGAAGAAUGGACAAUAGCAGAACAACUGCGUGACAUUCUCAGACUGAGUCACAGGAUGUCACUGUCUCUGAUACCGCGCCACCUACCUCUGCUGGCAGAUCUUCAACGACGCGACAUUGUAUUUCUCGCGCUCGACCCCUUCGCUACCUAUGGUCAUCCCGGCGAUGGACAUAAUCGAUGA